AAACCUUAGCCAAAUGCAUCCAAAUCAUCCUGCAUGCGAGCGAUGAAGGGUCUUCCUUGUUUGCUGGAACUCGGAUCUCUCGUAUUGGCGGGGUGUUGGUUCCCGAAUGACUUUCAAUGGCUAACUCUUGUCUCAUUUUAGAUGAAUCCGAGGAGGCCCACCGUCAGGUGAACGAGGGCAAGCACGAGGGUCACCUCUCUCACCAGCUCAUUGCCGGAGCUGCCUCUUUCGCCGGUAUGAAGGCCUGGGAGGACCACCAGCGCAAGGAAGGCAAGACUGUCAACCACGCCUUCGCCAAGGAAGCCCUUGCCGCUGUUGUCGGUUCUCAGGUUGAGAGACUCGCUGAGACCAAGGGUCUGGACCAGGUUGACAAGAUGCGCGCCCACGAGCACGCCAAGAAGAACGCCGAGCACAUGUACGACGAGCACUACGUCCGUGGCCAGGGUGCCUCCGAGUACAACCCCAACGAGCACCGCCGCCACGAGGCUUUCGACCGUUGGUAAACAUUUCACGGACUGAAUGAAUAGUAGGGAUAUCGCGGGUGUCGAACCUAGUCAGUUCUGGAAGUGACGAUGCAUGUAUAUAGAAAUGAAUGAAUAUAAUCCUGUGAAGAAAUCGGUGUUUAUCAG